AUGUUAUUCACGGAGCCUUUCAAGCGCAUGAAAUGGGGUUUCAUUCCCAUCCGAAGAAUUGUUGAUGAAGAUGAGUUUGGCAAUCAGUUAGAAACAAGCAAAGAUGAACAACAGGAGCUGGAUCGAGGUUCUAGUUUGCUUAAUGACAAGGCUGGGCAGGACCUUGUAACCGUAUCAAAGGUCCACCAGCUUGAUUACGAAUAUCGUGAUGAAAAAGACAGGAAAUGGUGGAAAUUCUUCGACGAAUAUGAGUACAGAGUCAAUACAAAAUCUAAAAAGAGAAGAAAGUGGUACAAGUGGUUCCAUGACGAUGAUACCCCAGAGGAAAAAAGGGUUAUUUGGAAAUUGGACUUAUUGCUUACAUUUUACUCGCUUAUGGCAUAUUGGAUCAGAUACCUUGACCAGACCAAUCUCACAAAUGCCUACAUUGGAGGCCUAAAAGAAUCGAUUGGUAUGAAAGGUAAUGAUUUCGUUGAUACCCAAGUCAUGUACACCGUCGGUAAUAUCAUUUUCCAGAUUCCCUUCAUGUACAUCCUCUACGGGCUACCUCUUAAUUAUGUGUUACCAACACUUGACAUAUUUUGGUCUAUCUUGACGGUGGCAGCUUACAGAGUAACUGAUGUGAAGCAAUUAAAGGUGAUCAGAUUUUUUAUUGGAGGCUUCGAAUCAUCAUUAUACAUUGCAUACCAUGCCUUGUUUGCAUCAUGGUUCAAGAACAGCACUGGUGAGAUUGUCAGAAGGGCUGGUUUCUUCUACUUCGGCCAGUUUUUGGGGAUUUUAACCUCGGGAUUACUCUCUGGUGCAAUUGAAAGAAAUUUGAAAGGAGUAGACGGACACGAAGCUUGGCAGUGGAUUUUCAUCAUUGAUGGUAUCAUUUCUGCGGUUGUGGGCGUUUUAGGAUUCUACAUGAUUCCUGGAACCCCUCAGGAUUGCUACAGUCCAUUUUUAUCGGAUGAAGAUAUUAGAAUUGCUAGAAAAAGAAUGAUAGAUGAUCAAAAGGAUGCAAAACCCAGCGAAAACCCAGUGAAAUAUUUCUUCAAAAAGGACGUUUGGAAGUCUAUCUUCACCAGCUGGCCUAUAUACAUCGUUACUCCCUGGUGUGCAUUUUUAUGGAAUAACAAUAAUGGUACUUCGGGUGCCUAUGCGUUAUGGUUGCAAUCUUUGAAAAAUAGUGAUGGAAAGCCCAGGUAUGGUGCAGGUCAACUACAGGACUAUACCGCACUCACCCCGGCCCUAGGAAUUCUUUGGUUAACCCUCACAUGUUGCAUUGCGGACUUAUUUGAAUCAAGAUGGGCAGCAAUUACGUUUUCUCAGAUAUUCAAUAUGACCGGAAAUAUUAUCUUGGCUGUCUGGCAUGUUCCUGAACGUUCCAAGUGGUUUGCCUUCUGCUUGCAAUAUUUUGGCUGGUCAAUGUCACCUUCGCUUUACACUUGGCAAGGAGAUAUAUGUCGUAGAGAUAUUCGCUCUAGACAGGUGGUUUUGGUUCUCAUGAAUAUGUUGGCACAACAGACAACUGCAUGGACCUCUAUCUUGGUAUGGAAGACUGUUGAGGCCCCGAGGUACCUCAAAGGGUUUUCUAUUACUGCAGCGGCUAGUUUGGCGCUGUUAUUAUGGACAUUUGUGGUGCUAUACUUUUAUAAAAGGCAAGAGCGUCAACACGCUCGGGAGAAUGGAAUCAUUUUAUUUAAUUCAGCCGUUGAUCCCGAUUUCAUUCCUGGAGAUGUCCAGGACACCGCAUCGGAGGAGGAGCUAAAAAAGCGUUAA